AGCCUUUGGUGUUCAAGAUGCCCACGUAGCACAUGAUGCCGAUGUAGGCCAUGAAGAAGGCCCAAAAGAAGAGGGCCUUGAAGCAGAAGGUGGAGAGUGAGCCUGAAGGGAAGAAAGGCAAGAAAGACAAGGCGAAGAAGAAAGAGAAGGCCGAAGAGGAAGCUGUGGAGGUGAGCAGGUGGCGUCGGAGGUCUCACCGGAGGAGCGGGAGACGAUGGCCAAGGCAGGGCGUGACCCAGGCAGGGAUGCAGAAGGCAGGCUGUCCCUUCGUGCCAGCGGACUGGGCAGAGAAGUACAAACCGGUCUUGGGUCCAUACAAGCAGUUCCUGAAGGAACAUGCGGAAGACUUUGUGUUGGUGACUGAGAAGAACGGCGAUUUCAUCAUCAGGCUGCGAGACCAGCUCGACCCGCCCUCCAUCCCAAACAAGAAGGACUGGGAGAAGCAACUGCUGAAAGCCUGGAUGGGAUACUGCCAGGCCGUGCCCCGCGAGGAGCGCGACUUCCGCGGCAGCUUCCUGGCGGCGCUGCCCAAGGCGGCGCUGGCCACGGCCCACUCGGGGAGUCCGAAGGUGUCGCCACAGUCUCCCAUUCUCUCGCCGAAGUCGCCCGGCCUGUCCUUUGCCGAGCCCAGCUUGCCCAAAGGCAUUCUGAAAAAAGGCAAGCGCACCGCCGGGGCCAAAGGGACGAAGAAGGCGAAGACAUGACCGACGCGUCGGGUCCGCGCCGCGAGCGCGC